GAGGUAUGCUCUCAGGAGCUUGUCAUUUCAGUGAUCCAAGCAAGCUGAGGAACUCUUUGUGUUGUUACAAGAUGUCACUCUUCCAAAACAGUUCCCAUUUUCAGCGCCCUGUGAGGCACGCGACGUACGUGAACUUCCCACGUCCUGAUGAUUGUUCCUACCUCCACCGACUCCCAGUGAACGAGCAGUGUGAGUUUGUACAGGCCACAGAAGCGUGCGCGGAAAGUCAAUUCUACUUCAACUACGUCGGCUUUCUGUACUGUACCAUCGGUUCGGAACGGGACUACCUGUUUCAGUUGGGAUUUGUUCUGCUGCUUUGUGUUUGUGUUUACUACUUUGUUGUUUUAGGGACGACAGCUGAUCAGUUCUUCUGUCCAACACUGGCCGCCAUUGCCAAAACACUCAACAUCAGUGAAGCACUGGCUGGAGUCACGAUCCUCGCGUUCGGCAAUGGAUCUCCGGAUCUGUUCACUGCCGUCGCCAAUCCAGACGCCGACACAGAGUUGAUGUUUUCCGAGCUGCUCGGUUCGGCUGCCUUUGUGAUAGGAGUGAUUGGAGGAACUGUGCUGUUGAUACAACCGUUUGACUUUCCUGCGUGGGGAAUCCAAAGGGACUUGGCCUUUUUCAUAGCUGCGAUCGUUUGGAUCACGCUGAAGGCAGCGGACGAACGGUUCAGCUUGCUGGAUAGUUCAGUAUUGAUUGGAAUGUAUCUGCUCUUUCUGGCUCUGGUUAUAUGGGAAUUCAUCCAGACCAGACGGGAGGAAGGCUCAAGCAUCUCUACAAGAGCAAGCAAUCACAAUCGCGAACAGAAUCCUGAAACUGAUGUUCCAACAAACGAAGGUAUUCUAACCGAUUUCUGUGAUCAUGUGAACCCUCUUGAUCCUGAAGAGUGGAAUGAAGGAGGAUGGAUGACGAAAACGUUUUGUCUCCUAAAGGCACCCUUCGUUUUACUACUUCUUCUCACCAUUCCAAUCGUCGACACUACCGCCGAACGUGAUGGAUGGUGUAAACUUCUCAACAUUUGUCACUGCCUAACACUGCCGUUAAUGAUUGUGUUCUUAAAUGGUGUUGCGCUUAUGAAGGUAGCGAAUGUGUACAUUUUCUUUUGGAUAGUCUUGUUCGCGGUCCCCGUAAUGGUUGUUGUGUUCUACACAUCACGAACUGAUCGAUGCCCUACCUAUCACAAGUCGUUCACGAUUCUGAGCUUCCUGGGAUGCAUACAGGUCAUCUACAUUGUGGCCCAGGAGGUGGUGAGUGUGCUCGAGACGGUGGGCAUUGUGUUGAAGCUUUCAAAGUCUGUGCUGGGGCUUUCACUGCUCGCCUGGGGCAACAGUGUUGGAGAUUUGUUUUCGAAUGUCGCCCUAGCACGCCAGGGCUAUGGUAAAAUGGCAUUUGCUGCCUGCUUUGGAGGUCCACUGCUCAAUCUUUGCCUUGGAUUGGGUCUCACCUUCAUGACAAAAGCAUUCAGUGUUCCGAAUCUUGUUGCAGAAGUACGCAAAGGUGUUAUGGGCGAGAACUGUGAGGCGUACCUGUUUCAAAUACUCACCACCACCUGGCUGUGCCUGCUGUUUACCAACUUUCAGGGCCGAAGAAGCGUCGGUCUCUCGAUGAUAGUGACGUAUCUGAUGUUUUUGGCCUUUUCUUUCUUGGGUGAGUUUGAGCUCAUCCAUCCCUACGGCACGGACCAUCAUCCUGAUCCGAACGGUAAUGGCUAACGGUAGAUUCGGAUGUAGUGCGAAGCCAAUUUAGCCACAAAGACACUCCCACCUCUUAUACAUAAUAUGUACACAACGAUAACUUUAUUAAACUUGUAGCUUUAUUAAAUAUUAAUAAUACAGUACAGAAAGAAACAGUGCUCAAAUCAGUGUAACGGUAUCGUCGCAAAUGAGCCGACGGUUUUUUAAGGGCUUAAGAAAGAAAAACAGUCUGCUACUGCUGAGCCGAAUGUAUGUGAACAUACACUCAUUUCGAGUAAACUUAGGACAAAUCGCUUCAAAUAUUAACUGUUUUACUGCUCGGUCUAAAAAUUUGUUCUUUUUCGUUGUAAAGACUCGUUGAAAGGUGCUUUGUUUUUGUGUGUAAAAAAGGAAACGAUCAAAAUACUUGCUCACGAUGUGUGAGUGUGUGUGAUAACACCACACAUCAGUACACCCAGUACACAGACCAGAGAUUCAUUCUUAAUUUAAGAAUAUGCACUACACUUUACGCGUGCUCCCAUUGGGCACGCUAAAAAAUGUUGGAAACAAACACAGUCAAUACACGUUGUUUGGGGG